CAUCGCUUAAUUCAAAUCGAACAUUACGAUGAAUAUCCUUCACGCAACAACACUUUUGCUAUUGAGUUUGUUUUGCCUGAGUUUUGCCUGUGGUGAGCCAACAUUCCCAGAAGGCAGUAAUCCCCGCGGUAAUCCCUCAACUAAUCAACAAAAUACGCUUUUCUCUGAGGCUGAUCUUGAUUCACGCAACUCCGGAGAUAUCGACAGUUCCAAUUAUGAUAAAAGGGUUGAACGUUAUGCUUUCGGUUUGGGUCGGCGUGCUUAUACCUACACAACUGGACCCAACGGUGUCAAACGUUUGCCAGUCUAUAACUUUGGUUUGGGUAAACGUGCUCGUCCUUAUUCGUUUGGAUUGGGUAAACGUGCUGAUUAUGAAGAUGAGGAAAUCGAUUUUGAUCCUGCAUAUUUAGCUUUUAUGGAUGAAAAACGAAAUCGUCCUUAUAGUUUUGGUUUGGGUAAGCGUGAGCGGCGAGACCAAGCAAGUAGAUAUGGUUUUGGACUUGGCAGACGUUGAAUAUAUUCCAUUUAAAAUGCUUACGAAUUUUUAGUUUACGGAGAGGCAAAACUGAAUUUUUUCCUUGUUAUUACUAUUUUAUGGCACAUUGACACAACAUACACUAAACAGCAAUAUCUAUUGCGUCUAUGUAUUUUCCAGCCAAGUCAAUUCAUUUAAUAUAGUUCUAACAGAAGAAAUUCAAAUAUUUAUUUCAUGAAUAUUAGACAUAAUUGGGGCAACAAAAAUCUAUAAUUUAAUUUUUAAGUAAUACAAAGACUAUUCAGAAUUUUCAUCGGGCAAUAAAGGAAAAUAUUAUACAGGAAAAGUCAAAAAGCCGAUCUUUAAUUGGAAAGUUGAAAAGUUAAAGUUUUAUUUUGACAUUAUUUUAAAUUAGCUUAUGAAUUAAAAAUGUUCACAAAGUAGUUAAAAUAUUUAUUAAAACUAUAUUAUACCUAUUAUAUUAUUUCAAAUACUACAUUGUUUGGUGCCAUCUAAAUAAGAGUUUCUUCUAAGAAAGCAUUCCACUCCUUUGGAGUGUUUUCGUAUGAUAUGACACGAGGGAAGUACUAUAUUAAUUUCUGAUCAUUUUAA